CAAUGAGCUGCAAUGGAGACUAAAUAGGAACUCGGUCGCAUCCAGGCUUUUUUAAUUUAUUCAUUAUCCGAAUACAUCCAGGUUCCCUGCUGGUUCCUCCUGCAGGCAUGACUGAGUACAAGCUUGUGGUGGUCGGGGCAGGAGGUGUGGGGAAGAGUGCCCUCACCAUCCAGCUCAUCCAGAACCACUUUGUGGAUGAAUAUGACCCAACCAUCGAGGACUCGUACAGAAAACAGGUGGUGAUUGAUGGAGAGACUUGUCUGCUGGACAUCCUGGACACUGCAGGUCAGGAGGAGUACAGCGCCAUGAGGGACCAGUACAUGAGAACAGGAGAGGGCUUCCUCUGUGUGUUUGCCAUCAACAACACCAAGUCCUUUGAGGACGUUCACCUCUACAGAGAGCAGAUCAACAGGGUGAAGGACAGUGACAGUGUUCCCAUGGUGCUGGUGGGGAACAAGAGCGACCUGAGUACCCGAACGGUGGAGUCACGGCAGGCACAGGAGCUGGCUAGAAGCUACGGAGUACCGUUUGUCGAGACCUCUGCCAAAACCAGACAGGGUGUGGAAGAAGCUUUUUAUUCACUAGUACGGGAGAUAAGAAGAUACAAGGAGACUAACCGCAGCAACAAGAAGAGCAAAAAGAGCACUCAGAGACGUUGCAUAAUACUAUAGCCAAGCACGCACACACACUUACUCAUCCCUAACAGCACUUGUUUUACGCUCACCUUCACACACUGCACCUCCUCUGUCCAGUUGGAAACGUCAGGAAAGCAGAAGUGGCAAAAUCCAUUUUAUACUGUCCACCUUCAGUAUGUCACCACAUGAUACGCAGUGUAUGUAAAACGCUGUGAAUACUUUAUUUUUAAUUAUUUUGGUCUACCAAAUGACUAGAAACUGCAGUUUUUAGAGGAGUUUUUUUUUUCUUUUUUGUUAAGGUUAGCAUUUGUGCAAACUUAAUCCGAGUCUGUGGUAGAAAGAUGGAAGUUGUCUGUAAAGAUAGUACUCUUUUACUAAUUAUAAGCAUGUCAAGCCAGUGUUGCAAACCCUUUCUGUUGACUCUUCAGGGGUCAGGGGUUCAUGGUGGUCACAUCUGGUGACACAGUGGGUCCAAAUCUUCUGAAUUGUUCUACCAUUAUUUAGAGAGGUGAUAUUUGUGAUUGCAUGGUAAACAUCUGACAUGAAGUCCCCCUUAUAAUAUGGAAAACAGUGUCACAUUUACUAGGAUACUGUUUAAUGCGAAAAUGUUGCUUUCAGAUGAUUGGUUAAAACUUUUUGGAAGUUUUAAAACAUCUGUAUCCCCAAACGUGUCCUCUGUAACUUGACACAUAACAGCAAUAUCUAGUUGUUUUUUUCUCCCACGAUAUGCGAAUGAAAAUGCUGUACCAGGAUAGGAUCGCCACAGUAACAAAGUCUAAGAAAUAGUUUUUUAGACUCCUAGGUGCACUUUAUCAUUUCCUGUUAUGCAUUUAUUGUAGAAUUUAGGAUUAGUUUACUCAGGAAUAUGGUGUUUUAUCAGAACCUGAGGAAUAACAGACUGAGUGCUCUGUCAAAUGAGUGAUUGAGAACUGAGGCCUUUGUCCAUCAUUGACCAACUGUUUGUUCCACAGAGUCACACUGUAUCCCAAAGACCACUUUUAAUGCAGUUUUAAUGUCUGUCACAGUGUUAUUGGUGGUUAUGUGAUACUACAUUCAACAUUUGAACACCACUGAUGCUGAAACCAGUAUUUGACUCCACAGGAAACCUCUAGAGCUCAGCCACAUGUUAUCCGAUCAUCCUCGACGAUAAGGUCCAAAACAGCGUCAGUUUUUUAAAGCAGUGUUUGUCCUCUUUAAAAAUGAUGUUGUGGAUUACAAUUAUGUUUUUGUAGCAUGACAGACAAUGUCACCCAAUUUAAAAACAUCUUCAUUAAGAAAGUGUUGUCCACGUAUUUACUAAAAUGACAUCAAAGUUCAAUGAGCCAACUUCAAAUGCUUCCUGCUAACAGAAGUGAAUCCAUCCAUUAAGGGUUCCUACUUUGCCAUGGUGUUAAACCAGCAGCUUCCAAAUGCCUGUUUCACUAUCUGGACUUAAUGUAGUUCCAUUGUUAAUUUUUUUGCAAAACUUUUAACAAGUCUCUCACUGACAGCUUUGUAAAAUCCUGAAUGCACUCUGCUGUAAUGAACAAUUAAAUGUC